UGUAAGAAUUUACAAUCAAAAUGAAAUCUUUAUGGUAUUGCUGUUUUGUCCUUCUACUCGUCGCCACAGUUGCAGUAGAAUGUAAAUCUUUAGAAAAUUUCUUCGGUGAAACAAAUGUUCCAUAUUCCACAACACGCCCCAGAUCAGGGCGAAAAUAAAAAUUUCGUCGAUGUAAUAAAUUUUGACGUUGAUAUUAAUUAAUAAAACGUCAUCAUUAUGAAAAAAUUUCAAUAAUAAAUUUGUUCAAUAU